AUCAGUACGGUCUAGAGAGUGUUACAAAUGCAUUGUUAUAUCAUGUGGUAUUGGAAAGAUCGUGGCUUGGACAAGGGUCCAUACAUUCUUCGUCUUAGGGUUAGUGUCCUUUUCCGAUCCACUGUCCGUGCGUGCUCUCGAACGGCUUCGGUCUGCUUCGGUUCAUAACCGUUAAUCCGUCGCUCUAAUUCUUACGUCACUUCCUACUGUACGUUUCCGCGUAUCGACGUCACAGGUUUAUGACUCAUGGAAGUGGUACAUAAACAUAUAAAGGCUCAUAUGGGAGGAAGACGGGACAAAAGCGCAACAGAAAAGCAAUAUUUAAUGGUCUAGAACAUGUUUCGGUAUUACAGAACGCGAUGUACAGUCGUGUUAUCUUUUUCUCUCUCGCCAUCGUGGUUGCCAAUGGCCAAUGAGAAAGCAGUUUACAGAAGCUAAUGCACUGACUUCCGAUGUUGAGAUUUUCGAGGGGGCGAGGUUGCGUUGGUUGCGUUGCUUGCUUGUGAUUGCACGCAAUCAAGAAUGUGAUGAUUUGAGCAUUUCUACAAGCAACACUCUACAUCCCAUCCGAGGCGCUCAACAAAAUGUUCCGCACAAGCUGCGAUUGUCAGUGGUGCUCUACGUUUAUGCGUUCCACGUAGGAAAAUCAAGCGGAGACCUCUCUCUGGUAUGGAAGUGGUGUACGAAGGUUGGCUGGUGAAAUCACCACCUGAAAGACGGAUUCGCAGAGCGAAAUGGAGGAGACGUUGGUUUGUACUUCGACCGUCGGGUGAUGUACCCCAACAGUACGUUUUGGAGUACUACACAGAUCAGUCGUAUAAGAAACUCAAAGGCACCAUUGAUUUAGACCAAUGUGACCAGGUCGAUGCUGGCUUACAUGUGGAGGACAAGUCAAAGUACAUGUUCGACAUCAAAACGUCCAAACGGACUUACUACUUGGUAGCGGAUUCAGAGGAAGUCAUGAACAAGUGGGUUGACUGUAUCUGCAGCGUGUGUAGACUCCGAAUGCAGGUUGAAGACGAUGUUUCUUCUGUGCCUGAAGAAGUGACACCAUCUCCAGCAGCAGAACAACCUGAGCAAGUGCCAUCGGAAGUACAAUAUGUCACUGUGGAACAGCACUCCUCUUCCAAUGGAUCUCCCAGCUCCUCAACCUCCAAGGAGGACUCCAACCCUUACAUACCCAUCAGUGAAUGCAUCACUGGGAAACCCGUUGGAAACGGACUCAACGGAGAUAUAGCUCUCCGAAUCCCUCCCCCACGGCCUCCUGUUACUAGCCAGCCAUUGAGCUCUCAAGCUUAUGAUGUUCCACAACCUGUUGGAGAUCGAACUUCCCCAGACCCGGUGAUGGACUCUCUGUGCCGAAUACCACAGGCGGCACCGCAGAACAGUAACAAAAAAGCUGAUGCAAUACUUGGUGCAGUUCCGCCUCCGAGAGUCAACUGGAACACACAUCCGAAGCACAACUCCUUGAAUGGACAGGUCCUGAGUUAUGACCAGGUUCCUCCAGCGAGGCCUGUCAGUGGAGGAGGCACUGACACUACUUCUGCGCCCCCUUAUGAUGGGGACACAUUAGGGCGCGCUGGACUCAAAAUCAAAACACGAGCCACCGUUGCACCCCCACGGCCACCCAAGACGCGGAACAGUGCCGAAGAAUGUUAUGAUCAUGCUCCGCCAGCACGACCGGUCGAAACUACCGAGCCCUCGGAACAGGUCGAUGGCGAGAGCAUCCCGCCACGGCCACCCAAACCUGCAAACAUAAGGAACCGUCCGGGUAAUCCCCACGAAACCUACGACGUCCCACCUCCACCAUCAGCCACACAGUCUCUACAGAGACAGCCUCAAGAAGGUUAUGAUGUGCCACCGCCAGUACCUUCUUAUUGUCAUCAGAGGCCUUCGCAAGAGAGUUACGAUAUACCAAGGCCCAUCGAACAAACAUCGCUAAGUAACAAAGUACCAAAUGCGACAGUGAAAGCAAGUCAAGAUGUUUAUGAUAUCCCCAAACCAGCGGAGCUUCCUUCUCCUUCACAUCGUCAACCGUUCCCACAACCACCAAAGCAGCAGCUGAGUGACAGCAUGUACGACUUCCCCAAAGUGAGCAGCCCAGAGGUGCUCGGCACAACAAUUCCAGCUCCAGGUGGACAAAGGCCCAGAAUGCACUCCUACUGCAAUGCUCCAACAGGAAUGUUCAGUAAUAGGGAGACGAUAUUCAACUACGAGUACCGACCCUCGCUGUGCACUUCGGAACCGCAUGUAGCUGUUGGUGAUGAUGCCGGUGUAGCCGAUGUGCCGCCGAUGUCAGCUUCGUACGCUAACCUUGCGCCGAGCCCUGGGACACCAAACCUCACUUCGGUACCUCCGGCUAUAAACCGCGGCUUGAAACCACGGAAGGCGUCUGACAGCUCAGCUCCAACUAUCUUCCCCCUCGCCCCUGCACCUGUAGCACGCAACCGAAGCCUCACCUCUUUUACAAAGACUAGGUUGAGAAACAAAGGGGAUACUGUUGUGUACCCGGACGAAGACUCCUGGUCAAAUGCCAGUGAGAGCAGAAGGAACUCUGCAAACGAGGAAAUGUCUCAUUCAUUGCAGGCCAUUAGAUAUGGGACAGGCAAGAAAAAAGGCGAGAUACAGUACCUGGACCUGGACCUGGACGCAGAAACUGGAUCCGCGCAGAGUCCGAGGUCUCCGGAACGUGCAGCCACUUCGGCCACCGUCUAUCGGACUGUUGACUUCCUGAAAACCAAAGCCUUCAACAGGACACGACAGAACGUCGAAGAGUCGUACCGCACCCACAAGGAUGGCGAGCCGUGCAAGUGAUGCCUCGAGGUGGAAUACUUUCCUCACCAUCACCUUCUAGGCAAGAUUGAAGCGGUGAUCUAGAGCUUUUGUAAAACUUGAAUGCAUUUCACGGACCUAUUUCUCACAAGGUUUGCUACGGCUAGCAGCCAGCUUUUAUGUUUGACUAUGGCAGUGUGUUUUUAUGGCUUGCUUUUCUUUACUUGUACAAUGAUCGGCACACUCUUUUUUUUACCUGACGUGUUGUGCACUGCCAAUAUUCUAGCAACAAAUGGAACCUUUUUAUGUCCACACCUAGAAAACUUGUCAUACAAAAGGAAUCAUUUUACAUAAGAGAUGUGAAAUAUUACGUGCAUUGUGAUACGUGCUUGUAUAUACAGUACUUUGUUAAAACGUACACAGCAAAUUAAUUAUAAACGUUGCUAUUUGGUGCUGCGCGUGAGAAGCCAAAAGGCAGUGUAGAUAGCGUAUGCACAGCAGCAACUCUUUUUCGGAACAAAUGUACAACCCUUUGCUAGCAUAGAGAUACAUACAUAUACAUAACAUAUACAUUUAGCCAAGCUUAGUGUAAAUAAACGUGCUUAUUGCGUGUAACAUAUCCUUUUAGUACCUGGCUUGAGAUGACCAAAUAUACUGUUGUUGUUGUACUUCCAUCAUGUGCCUUGCCAUACAGUGUUGUAAUCAAGGAAAGAUACACAUGCCUUAGGUGUUAUAGGCAUGCCGUUGUAAAUGACCACUUCUGCAAAUGGAGCUUGGAGAUGUGUCAAGGUGUUUCAUGCUACUAUUCUUUUCUCACAUAUGCCUUGCAGGGAAGGAAUCAAGACUUUUGUUAGUGAAGUUGUAUUUUUUAAAAAUCGUAGUGCCAUGCUUCUUAGGUUUUGCUGUAUCUCGUGCAAACUCAUAAAAGGAGCCCCCAUAAUGUCUGAAAGUACCCACAUGAUUGUGCAUAAAAUUUGUAUUUGUGUACAUGAUCAAGAGUGGAUAGCAGUGCAUAUGCAGCCUCAAGAAAUUACCUCAGAGACUAUAGAAAUGCUUACUGAAACUUGUACAGGUUGCAAAUCAACAGCAUAGAACACAUAUAAUGGCUUACCACUAAGGUUUGCGGUCUUCUGCAUUUAUUUUUCCAGAAAUUAAGGGAUGGUUUAUCAGUACCUACCCAGUUUAAAAAAAAAAAAGAUUUUUGCAGUAAUAUCUAAAUUCGAAAAAAAAUUCCAGUUUGGGUGGUUACUCUGCAAUACAAAACUGUGGUAAUGCCCACAUGUGCCCUUGAGGUUAUUUUAUUAACGGCUAAAUAUUAUGUAAUAUGUUGGCCUUCAGCGUCUUUGGUCUUGCAAAUCCAUCUCGAGACGAUAAUUGCUCAUCUUGUUACCGAAACAAAACCUUUCAAAAGGUCAACACGGAACAGACCAGUGCAGUCGAAGCAGUGAAUGGGGGGGGAGGGAGGGUUGAGUAGGAAGAGGGGGGCAAAAACUAGAAUGCAAAGUAACCCAUUGUUAUACAGGGUGAGUCACUGAGGUCUCUGUUGCUGGCAAUAUAAAACAAUCCCCAAUUGAAGAGGCCAGGCACCAUGUUCUCAGAAUGAGGAAUCCAAUUAGAAGUUCCCUUUCCUGUCCUUUUAGACAAACCUUUAUCUGAAGCUUUUCCAGAGGUAAUAUGUUCGGAAUACGGUGGUCAACUUGACGGCACAUUGAUUUUUUGGAAUAAUCUGAAUUUGCAAAAGUACCAACUGUUCUUAGUCUUGGUUUUCUGGUAGUCUAUUUUUUGUUUCUUGGAAAACUCUCAAAAGUGCAAACCUUAUCACACACAUGUUCAUACAAUUGUUUCCAUACGCCUGAAGUUCAAAAGCCUGAAGUUUUUGGGAAAUAUUUUUUUCGAAAUCUGGUAAAUAAACAUGUGCUCUAAAUUCAUGCCAAUUUGGGUGAGAAAACUUCCAGUACACUAAAUUCAGGGAGAAAUCUGGCCCAGUUACUCUAACUGCACUGGUUCGGUACAAAUGGUGAUGUAACUGCGUUUGCUGGCAAACAAGCUAGAGUGCAUUCCUACGGACGUCUCAGAGAGGGCAAUUUGCCGGGGUAAAAAUUGGGCUUCACCCUAAAGAGGUGACCUUCAAUUCGGGGUGCAAAUUUGAGUAAGAAUCGGGUUAAACACAAACUUCAGGCUCUAUUCAUAACCUAGAAAUCAACUGCGCAGGUUUAGCAUGUGAGCAUUGUUAGGUCUGAGAAAAACAAGCUGAAUGAGUAAUUAGAAGUGGGUACAGAAAUUAAAAAGGCUCUACUGGUCACUACAGGUCUACACGGGGAGCCAUGCAAUACAUAUCGAUACAAAGCUGUGUCUCUGCUGCUUCAAAUCCUGUGAUAUAUAUAGCUGUGGAAACUUUGUGCACUGCUUUGUGAGCCAAGCUCUAUACCCUGUACAUAGCUCUGCAUCAAAAAACAGCAAAAUAAACAUGGAACUACAGUA